AUGUCAUUGGGGAACUCCCCAGUGUUGGGGGUGCACCCUGUGCCCCGACCCCUCUGGCUGUCCCAUGUCCUUUUCCUGGUCAUAUGUGUAACUCUCUUUGCCAAGGCUCCCCAAGGUUUGCCUGUGGUCGGUUAUAACACGGACUCCAAAAAGGAGAUCACGCUGGAAGGAGAUUUGAUGAUUGGCGGUCUCUUUCCCGUGCACCAGAAAGGCGAGGCCGCAGAAGAUUGCGGUAAGAUCAACGCUCAACGAGGAAUCCAGCGACUAGAGGCCAUGCUGCUUGCUCUGGAUGAAAUCAACAGGGAUGAGCGCAUUUUGCCGGGAAUUCGUUUAGGAGCUCAUAUACUGGACACGUGCUCCAAGGACACUUACGCUCUUGAGCAGUCCCUCGAAUUUGUCAGGGCUUCACUCACUAAAGUAGAUGACAGUGAGUACACGUGCCCCGAUGGAUCCUAUGCCAUCCAUGAUGAAGUCCCAUUGGCCAUCUCUGGAGUUAUAGGAGGAUCUUACAGUGAUGUUUCUAUUCAGGUGGCCAACUUGUUGCGACUCUUUCAGAUUCCUCAAAUCAGUUAUGCCUCAACCAGUGCAAAACUCAGCGACAAAACUCGCUAUGACUACUUUGCCCGCACUGUACCCCCUGAUUUCUUCCAGGCCAAGGCUAUGGCUGAAAUUCUACGUUACUUCAACUGGACGUACGUAUCAACAGUGGCAUCCGAGGGUGAUUACGGCGAGACCGGUAUUGAUGCCUUUCAGCAGGAGGCCCGAGCACGCCACAUCUGCAUCGCCACUUCAGCCAAGGUGAGCCGUUCCAUGAGUCGGUGGAGCUAUGAGAACGUGAUCCGCUCUCUGCAGCAGAAGUCCAAUGCCAAGGUGGUCAUCCUAUUUACUCGGAGCGAAGAUGCCCGUGAGCUUCUGGUAGCGGCCAACCGCAUGAACGUCACUUUCACUUGGGUUGCCAGCGACGGUUGGGGAGCGCAAGAGAGUGUGGUGAGGGGGAGUGAAGCUGUUGCAGAUGGCGCAUUCACUAUUGAACUUGCCUCCUAUCAGAUCCCCCAGUUCAAUGACUACUUCACGGCUCUCCAUCCGUACAACAAUACCAGGAAUCCUUGGUUUAGAGAGUUCUGGGAGAACCAGUUCCAGUGUAGCCUCCAUGAUUUAAGUUGCGGGAAGCAUUCUCUACGACAGGUUCCCUUUCAACCUGAAUCCAAAAUUAUGUUUGUGGUAAAUGCAGUUUAUGCAAUGGCCACUGCCUUACACAACAUGAGGCAGGCCUUGUGCCCAAACUCCACCAAGGUCUGUGAUGCUCUCAAACCCGGAAAUGGCAGGAAGUUUUACAGGGACUAUAUUCUCAAGACCAAGCUUGAGGCACCAUUUCGUCCACCAGAAACAGAUAACAUUGUCCGCUUUGACGCCUUUGGAGACAGCUUCGGCCGCUAUAACAUUUUCCACUAUCACAAAGAGGGUGAACGCUACAUCUAUCGCAAGGUUGGAUAUUGGGCUCAGAGCCUAAUCCUGAACACCAGCCUCAUCCCUUGGGCUGGCGCACCCACAUCUCAAUGUAGUGACCCCUGCAGGAAGAAUGAGGUGAAAAGUAUGCAACCUGGAGAUGUGUGCUGCUGGAUCUGCAUCCCAUGUCAGUCUUACCAGUACUUGCAAGAUGAGUUUACGUGCGCUGACUGCAGCUUUGGACAGUGGCCUUUAACGAAUCUGACAGGUUGCUAUGACCUACCUGAGGAGUACAUCCGUUGGGAAGAUGCCUGGGCCAUUGGACCUGUCACCAUUUCCUGUCUAGGGAUGAUGUGCACUCUAUUCGUCAUUGGCCUCUUCCUCAAACACAACGAGACACCCGUGGUGAAAGCCAGUGGACGUGAGCUCUCCUACAUUCUACUUCUGGGAGUGCUGAUGUGCUAUACAAUGACUUUCAUCUACAUCGCCAAACCCUCCACGGCAGUUUGUACACUACGCCGCCUGGGCUUAGGUACCUCCUUUGCCGUGUGCUACUCUGCCCUCCUGACUAAGACCAAUCGCAUUGCUCGGAUCUUCAACGGGGUUAAAGGUGGUGCCCAACGACCUCGAUUUAUCAGCCCGGCCUCACAGGUUGCCAUCUGUGGGGGUCUGAUCUCUUGCCAGCUGGUCGUGGUGGUGAUCUGGCUGAUUUUAGAAGCUCCUGGGGUGAGAAAAGAAGUGAGCCCAGAGAAGAGAGAUGUAGUCACCCUCAAGUGUAACAGCAAAGACUCCAGCAUGCUCAUGUCUCUCACCUAUAACUGCAUCCUCAUCAUCCUCUGCACGGUUUACGCCUUCAAGACCCGCAAGUGCCCAGAAAACUUCAAUGAAGCCAAGUUUAUUGGGUUCACCAUGUACACAACCUGCAUCAUCUGGCUGGCUUUUCAGCCUAUUUUCUAUGUGACGGCCAGUGACUACAGGGUGCAGACCACUACAAUGUGUAUCUCAGUCAGUCUAAGCGGGUCGGUUGUCCUGGGCUGCCUCUUUGCUCCAAAAGUCCACAUCAUUCUGUUCCAGCCACAGAAGAAUGUAAGCACUCUCAGAGUGGCUACCACCCGCUUCAGCGUCACCACUGGUCCAGGCUCAAGUUUUUCUCAAGCAUCAGCCUCCAACGUUGUUCCAACGGUGUGUAACGGGCGAGAGGUGGUGGACUCCACAACAUCUUCUUUGUGA